AUGUUUGACAACGGUGCGCUUUCUAUAUGGGUGCGGUUAUACAUCUACGCAAUACAUGGAUACUUCACAGAAAUAAUGUUCACGGCAGGAUGGGAGUUUGUAGUCAAUAUGAACCCAAAGUUCCCAGGUGUAACAAGCGUGUGGUCUUUGUUCAUCUAUGGCAUCUCUAAUUUGGUCAUUGAGCGAAUGUACAUUAAAUUAAAAGACACGAUAAGCUUACCGAUACGGCUGAUCAUCUACACCCUUUGGAUUUACAUGUGGGAGUUCUCGACCGGCCUGGUUCUACGACAGUUCAACGCUUGUCCGUGGGACUACACUCCAUUUGAGUGGGAUUUCUUCGGGCUUGUAACCUUAGAGUACGCCCCUGCGUGGUUGCUUGGCGUCUUCCUCUCGGAACAGGUCCUUAUCAAACAGACGCUACGUCUUUGCUUCUCUGAUGAUGAGGCUGUGGGGCAAAAGACGCACAAUGGACAGCUAAAGAAUAAACUACUAUAA